AUGAUCCUUGAAAAACCAAGGGAAAGAUUUAUUUUCACGCCUGGUCGUACUCAUAACCGCAGCAGGUCUCCAAGGAUUGGCUCUAAGGGUUGGGCUUAUUGGGCCUUGAUUCGAAAGUUUGACGUGAUGAUUGGGCCUACUAUUCAGGCAACUGGAGAAAGGAACUUUCGUCACGUUGGGCCGGAGGGUCUUGGCUUGUGUUGA